AUGGCCUCCGUCUCUAAGCUCACUUGCAUCUACUUGGCUCUCAUUCUGCACCACGAUAAGGUGACCAUCACGGAGGACAAGAUCAACGCCCUCAUCAAGGCGACAGGCAUCAAUGUUGAGCCUUUCUGGCCUGGCUUGUUCACAAAGGCCCUGGGCAACAUCAACAUCGGAAGCCUCAUCUGCAAUGUCCAGGCUGGUGGACCUGCACCAGCAGCCGGUGCUACACCAACAGGCAGACCUGCCCCCUCCACCGCUGCUGCCCCAGCCGAGGAGAAGAAAGUGGAAGCAAAGAAAGAAGAAUCUGAAGAGUCCGAUGGUGACAUAGGGUUUGGUCUUUUUGACUGA